CUCUUUGAUUUGUGGCGUCUGCUACAGGAACCUUAUAGCUUUGAAAAAUAAAUUAAAGAUUAUUAAAAUAUCUCAUAAUUUUAUUCGAUAUUAAUACAUAAAUGCAGACCUUAUAUUAUAAAAAUGUAUAAAUAUAAAAAUUAACAGCUUCGGAAAAGUACUGAAGCACAAGUAAAUUUGUAGUAUCAUUCACACACUCAGGAAAGGACAACAUAGGUAUAAUAAAAAAAAUAACGUAUUCUGUGAUUCUUGUGACAAGCAGCUUCGAGCACAAAUAAUUCAGUGAUAUAAAAUAUUCAUAAAGAAAUCUGCGAAAAAUGUCUGAAAUUAAGGAAAUGAUGUCAGUCGUGUCUUUGGACGAUAUUUUGACAGAGCAGUCCAUUAAGCUUGAGCAGCUUACAAUGGCAACAUUAUUUUUAAAAGAUAAAAAGGACAUUAUGCACCAAUUAAUUGAAAUACAGCAUGAGGUCUUUGGAAUGAAAAAAAGUUUAGAUACAAUGCAGAAGGAUUUAGAGAAGAUGAAACAGCAAAAUGUACAUUGCCGUGAACUUUCAUCAAUGAUAGAAACACUUAUUCAAAGACUUACACAUAUGGCAGAAAAUGUUCCGGAACAACUCAUUCCAGCAUUUCAAAAUAUUGAACAGUCAAAUGCUAAUUCGUUGCAGCUGUCUAAUGAAGAUAGCAAUGUACCAAAUAUGAUAAACAAAUUUAGCAAUUCUGUAAAUGUCACAGAAGACCGAUAUGAUGAAAAUAAUGAAAAUAGAGUACUGAACUGUAAAAAGAUACUAUUUGAUGAGCCUGAAGUUUAUCGUAGCAUCAAGCUACUUACCCAGCAGGAAUUUAAUAAAAUACCAAGAUACAUUAUUGGAAGACAGUCUUUGGAAGCUGUGAAUAAUUUAGUAAUGACUAUCAAUCAAAUAUUAAAAGCCAAGUACACCCUGCUUUCUUUGGGAAAAAAUGGGGCACGAAAGAAGGGUGUACUAGAUCUUUAUUUACACUACAGAAAACAGGAGACCAUUGAACAAGGUAAAAUGUAUUUUUUCACAAGCGAGGAUUAUGAGAGGCAGACAAAAUCAAAACUGGAUAAGAUGAAACUGAACCUUCUAACCGCAUUACGUCAUUGCAAACGGUUGCGAGAAAUGCGAGUUGCGAAAACUUUGCAAUACAUUGUAGUUCAGUAAUGCAUCACAAUGCAGUUUUGAAUAAGGAAGAAAGAUAAUAAUAAUGUGUCAGUAAAAAUGAGAAUAUGCAUUUUUCAAAACUUGUACGGAGCCAACAGUCUCUAUGAAUAUCGAAAUAAAACUUAUCAGUCGCGUUGCAAUUAUCCUAUCGUUAAUCAUAGUAUAAUGUAUUUUUCUAUUGCUUUUAUAAAUAAAAUUAAGAUUUCCAAAAA